AUGUUGUUUAAAUCGUGAUCAAGCCUUAUUUGUAAGUUAAAAAGCUAAUUGUUGCAGUUUUUUGAAUUCUAGAGAGUGAUAUUCCGAGAAGAAAAAGGAAUCUGCCAUGGCUGCUACGAGGAUUCGGGGAAGCAGCUUUUCUCGUAAUGUGUCGGCUGCACCCGCCUGCCAGACGCCAGGGCUCAAGUAUGGUCCUAAUGGGACGACCUUUGUCUCAUCUGGGAUUCCUGACCUUGAUAAGAUACUAGGUGGAGGGUUUCCUCUGGGAAGCCUUGUCAUGGUGAUGGAAGAUCCAGAAGCACCUCAUCACAUGCUUUUGUUACGGAAUUUCAUGUCUCAAGGACUUGUUCAUGGGCAGCCUCUUCUUUACGCUAGUCCGUCCAAAGACCCAAGAGGGUUUUUGGGUACUUUGCCAAGCCCUGCCUUAUCGAAAGAAGAUAAGUCGCGUGAGCGUGAUUUGGAUCAGGAGAAGGGGUUGAGAAUUGCCUGGCAGUACAGAAAGUAUUUUGGUGAAAAUCAGCAGAACUUCGAUGUUCAAAGAGACGCCAAGCACGAAUAUUGCAAUGACUUUGACUUGCGAAAGCCCCUAGAGAGGCACUUUCUUAGUGGGCAGCGUAUAGAUUGUGUUAGCAUCCAAGAUUCACCAAAUCUUGUUUCUCUUCGGGAACGUAUUUCCUCUUUUUUGGCUCAAUUUCCAAGGUAUGAUCAUAUGCUUCCUUAAGAUAUUUAUUCAUGCUUUGAAUUGAAAGCUAUGUUGCUCGUCUUCAGUAUGCCUUGCUUGCUUUCUUUGCAGGAAUGGGAUAUUCUUUCGUUCAUUAGAUUUCUGAAAAGCAUGUUAUCAUCUUCAAAUUGUGUUGCCAUUGUAACCUUUCCGCCUUCCCUUCUUUCAGCAUCCUUGUCUAAACGAUUGCAGCACAUGGCAGACACCUUACUUUCUGUCAAAGCAAUUCCAGAUGAAGACAAAGAGUUGGCGAAACUCCUAACUGGUUACCAAGAUAUGGUUGGCUUCCUCAACGUACAUAAAGUAGCACGGAUCAACACACAGGUGCCUGUAAUUCUCGAAGCAACAACUUUUUCAUUCAAGUUACACAAGCGCAGGUAUUUGGGUUUAGAAUGUCUGAAUCAGGCUCCAGUUGAUGGCUCAAGUGGGACAUCAUAUGGGACAUCCAGCACUUGCUCUGGAUCAUCCAAGGGUGGAACUCUUGAUUUUUAACAUGCUGCAAUUAAUAUUAUGACGAGUUUAGCUUGUCGAACUCAGGCAUGUAAACUAGCUGACUGUGAGAAAUAGUUUCAACACUUAGCUGCAAUAGGAUUUGGUGUUUCCAAUAUCUGAUCAGCAACAAAAAUGGCCGGUGCCCGCUGGUAACCAUUCUCAUACUGACUUCUAGCUUUGGUUUCCAGUUUCCUUUGGAUGUUUCCAUGUACAGUAUAGGAGGGUGGAAGUUUAGGGAGUGAUUCUGAAACAGGUCCAAGCUCUCACCGGUAGUGAUUUCAUGGUUUAUUUCAUUCUUGCUUGCAGAUAGAACUUUAAGCAGAUACGUUUCAUUUUCUUGAUAAGAUCUCUACUUGAUAAUUUUUUUUUUUUUUUUGAAAUUUGGC